AUGCUGCCGCCCUUUGAUUACUUUACCUAUCGGCGCGUGCGCACCCUCAAACGCAACGAACGCGCCGCCCGUUUCGCCUCCCUCCCAGCUCACUACCACGCUGCCCUCACAAGUCACGACAAGUCCCUCCUCACCCAACCCAUCGCGAACCUCGUCCACUCGGUCCAGGACCAUUCGCUCAGCCCCCUCGACGUCCUCCACACGUACGGCAAAGUCGCCGUCCAAGCGCAGGAGAAAACGAACUGCAUCACGGAGCUACUUCUUCCAGAGGCGGAAACCUGGGCGGAGUCGGAAAUCAACCUGCAGGGUCCGCUGGCCGGCGUGCCUGUCUCCCUGAAGGAUUCGGUGCAAGUGAAGGGGUUCGACACCUCCCUUGGGUAUACGAAGUUAGCGGGGAAACCGUACGCUGAGGAUGGGGUGAUGGUUAAGUUGUUGAAGGAUGCGGGGGCCGUACCAUACGCCAAGACAGCUCUUCCGAUCACGCUCCUCUCCUUUGAGUCGGCCAACGCGCUAUGGGGCGCUUGUCGUAACCCCCAUGUCCCCGAGUACUCACCCGGCGGGUCUACGGGCGGAGAGGCAGCGUUGCUGGCGCUCGGGGGUCGCAUUGGGAUCGGAUCGGAUGUGGCAGGGUCAGUACGGGUGCCUGCGGCAUGGAGUGGGAUUUACUCGCUACGGUGCAGUACAGGACGGUGGCCCAAGGUGGGCGUGAAUACGAGUAUGGCGGGCCAGGAGGGCGUGGCGAGCGUGUUCAGUCCCAUGGCGAGGACACUGAACGAUCUGACGUAUUUUACCAAGGCGAUCGUGGGGAUGGAGCCGUGGAGGUAUGAUUAUACGGUGCAUCCGAUCGCGUGGCGGGAGGAGCAGGAACGGGAAGCGAAGGGCAAGAAGUUGCGGAUUGGGUUGAUGGCUAGCGAUGGGGUCAUCCCUCCUACUCCGGCUAUUGAACGCGCCGUGUCCACCUCCGUGGCCGCUCUGACUGCGGCCGGACAUACCGUGUCGGAGAUCACGCCUCCGGCGACCGCGGACCCCUUCACCGGCCUGAAUCUGGCCUCGCAGCUGCUCAACUCCGACGGCUGCGUCACUUUCAACUCGCACCGUCACAGCUUCGAGCCUUCCGACCCCGGAGCGGACCAACUGACCCUGAUUGCCAAACUCCCUCGUUUCCUCCGCUACCUGUACUCUCUCUACGUGCAAUACAUCCGACGCGACCCGGCCUGGGCGACGCUGAUCCGCGCCUUCAGCCCCAAGACCGCCGCUGCUCAGUGGAAGCUGGUCGCCCAGCGCGAGUCCUUCCGCGCCACCUGGCACGCGUGGUGGGACGCCGAGCCCCAACGGUACGACUUCAUCCUGUGCCCAGCCAAUGCGACCCCGGCACUCCCACACACGGCGAUGCGCGACGCCGUAUCCUCGUGCGGAUAUACUUUCCUCUGGAACCUACUCGACUACUCCGCGGGCGUCCUGCCCGUGUCUCACGUCGACGCCAAGAAAGACGCCCUGACUCUGCCUUACAAGAAGGCACUCAAGCAACUCGGCAGCGACCAUGCCCUUUCUCGCGGAGCCUGGAAGCACUACGACGCGAAGAAGAUGGCUGGCCUGCCGACGGCCGUGCAGGUUGUGGGUCGCAGAUGGCAGGAAGAGAAGGUGUUGGGAUACAUGGCGGCAGUAGAGGAGGCGUUGGAACAGUAUCACGACGCGGAGACGGGCGAGGGAGGAAAGUACGCGUUGAUUGAGCUGGAUUAA